GUUUCACGGUGACGUCCAGCGCGAGCCUCUAACUUCCCAACUCCCAACACAUACGGCGAUGACUAACUCACAGCUCAUGCUACCAAGUUAGGCGUUGCGAACACUUGAGCGUGCAAUAUGGCGCUGCUUUUGUGGAAAGCAUUCGACUUCUUCGAGGUCAGCCAGGUUAAGCUCGGCGACGACGAGACGCGGUCCUUCUUCGAGAAUAACGAGAUAUCAUGCGUGUGCUCCGGGUCCGACAGUCUGUUUCUCGGUAGCGAUGAUGGAUACGUGCGCAUCGUCGGCCCCAGUUGGAAGGUCGUCCGGAGCUUCCUGGCCCACGACACCGGUCGUAUCACCCAUAUGCGCCAGGUCGAGGGGACGAGCCUCCUAGUAACUAUCUCGGAGGACCUCAGCAACGAACCGGUGUUAAAGGUCUGGGCUUUGGAUAAGCCGGUCAAGAAAACGGGACUGCCCACGUGCCUAAGCACCCUGAGUAUAUAUAACGGACGGAAACAAUUUCCUAUCUCGGCCUUCGCCGCGCUCGACGACCUGUCACAGCUUGCCGUAGGCUUUGCAAAUGGAGCCGUUACUGCGAUACGAGGAGACCUGAUACACGAUCGAGGAACGAAACAACGGGUCGUUUACGAAUCAGAAGAACCCAUCACAGGAGUCGAAUUUGUAGCCGAUCCGAAGCUCACCACCUUAUUUGUUGCCACGACCUCUAAACUCCUCAAAUUGGUCAUAUCUGGGAAGGGUCAAGGGCAGCCGCCGAGGACGAUCGAGGACUCCGGAUGUGCGGCCGGCUGCAUGACAGUGAACAGUAAAACCGGGGACGUUAUCGUGGUUCGGGAGGAUGCAGUGUACUAUUAUACGGUCGAUGGACGGGGGCUAUGUUUUGCCAACGACGGGGCCACGAGACUAGUCUCGACAUUCCAGGACUAUGUCGCUCUCGUUACACCGCCUCCUAUGGCGGGUGAUGGAAGUUCCGACAACCUUGGGAGGCGUUUCGGGGACUCUCUCUUCGCCGCUGCCAGGUUUACAAUGGUGGACCCAACCCUACAGAUCGUUGCCCAUUCCGAGACUCUCAUCUCGCAAAUCCAAGCAUUAUUCCAAAUCUGGGGGGACUUGUUCAUCCUAACUCAAGACGGAAAGGUCAGCCGCUACCACGAGAAGUCCUUGCAGCAGAGGCUCGAAUUAUUAUAUCAGCGGAAUCUGUUCCCGCUCGCGAUAAAUCUCGCGCAGAAGUCCGGAAUGGACUUCCAGCAGCAGAACGUCAUCUACCGGAAGUACGGUGACCACCUCUAUCAAAAAGGGGACUACGACAGCGCUAUGUCCCAGUACAUCAAGGCGAUCGACCACACGGAGCCUUCGCAAGUCAUCCGAAAGUUCCUCGAUACCCAGAGAAUACACAAUCUUAUCGAGUACCUCGAGGAGCUACACGAGCACCACAGGGCUACCGCGGACCACACAACCCUGUUACUGAACUGCUACGCUAAACUAAAAGACGUCGAGAAGCUGGAGAAAUUCAUCAAGUCAGAGGGAGACCUCAAGUUUGACUUGGAGACGGCAAUAACCAUGUGUAGACAAGGUGGUUACUUUGACCAGGCCGCCUACCUUGCCACAAAACACGGAGAGAAUGACCUCGUCGUAGAUAUCCUAAUUGAGGACUCCAAGAACUAUGCCGAAGCGCUCGGCUUUAUAUGGCAUCUGGAUACCGAUAUAGCAUAUGCAUGUUUGAUGAAGUAUGCCCGGGUCCUUCUAGAAAAUUGUCCGACAGACACAACCAGGCUGUUUAUCGAUUAUUAUACGGGAAGAUAUAGACGAAAAGUCCAGGCGACACCAGAAGAAACAGCACCGAGCACAUCGAGCGGCGCGAUAGCGGCGGGAGCUGCGAGUGCCGUCCAAAAUCUAACUAGUCUCCUGCCAUUACCGUAUAUCAAUUCCCCUGCCGCCACGACGCCUACUAUACAUGGGAGCUCCUAUGCAACGGCUAGCGACGCCGGCGCCACCCUAGAAGAUCCCGAGACGGACACCCAUCAGAGAUACAACCCACCCCCUCCUCGAACCGCCUUCUCAUCCUUCAUCGACCAUCCAGACGAAUUUAUCGUCUUCCUCGAAGCGUGCCUGCGUGAGGAUUCUUUCAGAGAGUCGGAUAAAGCAGAUAUAUACACGACAUUAUUCGAGAUGUAUCUCCACAAAGCCAGCGAGCGGAAAGGCAUGCAGAGGGAGGAGUGGGAGCUCAAGGCGAAGCAGCUAAUCGAAGGACAAGAGGUUCCUAUCGAGAACUCGAAUGUCCUCCUCCUAUCCCACCUUUCUGAUUUCCGAGACGGUACGACGCUAGUUAAGGAGCAGUCAGGCCUGCUGUUCGACAUAUUCCGCUCCUACACGUCGGCCAAGGACACGCGGGGCGCGAUCAAGGCGUUACGCAAAUACGGGGCGGCGGAGCCGCAGCUGUAUCCGGCAGCGCUGGCGUACUUCACGUCGGACCCGCGGAUCCUCGAGGAGGCGGGGCCGGAAGAAUUGGCAAACGUGCUGCGCAAGAUCGACCGGGACGGGCUGAUGGCGCCGCUGCAGGUGAUCCAAACGCUGGGGGCGAACGCGGUGGCGACGAUGGGUAUGAUCAAGCCGUACCUGCACGAGACGAUCACGCGGGAGCGGCGCGAGAUCGCGGCGAACCGCCGGCAGAUCGGGUCGUUCCGCCGCGAGACGGAGCAGAAGCGCGCCGAGACGGCCGAGCUCGGCGCGAAGCCCGCCGUCUUCCAGGCCCAGCGGUGCCCCGGGUGCGGCGCGCCGCUCGAGCUGCCCGCCGUCCACUUCCUGUGCAAGCACAGCUUCCACCAGCGAUGCCUCAAGCGCACCGGCGAAGACAGCACCGCGAGCGGCGGCGGCGGCGGGGGGAUCGGGAUCGGAGCCGGAGCGGGGAUCGGCGGCAGCGGCGACCUCGAGUGCCCCGUGUGCGCGAUGGGCAACUCGGCGGUGCGCGCGAUGAAGCGCGGCCAGGAGGAGCGGGCCUCGCGGCACGACCUGUUCCGCGACGCGCUGUCCAAGGGCGACGACCGCUUCAAGACGGUCGCGCAGUGGUUCGGGCAGGGGGUCGUGGGCGCGGGGAGCUUGGAAUGAGUACGUGCGGCUAGGGGGUGGAGAGAGGGGGCGACAAGGCCCCGAGGAUGACAGAGAGGCCGGCGAGGAACGAUAUCAUGCUGGAAUUGCCGCUCGAGAUCGGGCGAGGCUAGGUUAUUAAUGGAGGUUCACGAGGCGUCUAGAGGAGAGAGAAUGGGGACGAAGGCCAGCAGAGGAAUAUGGACAGACUUAUACCGUAAAUACAAGGCGACGCAAGAUGGGCAAGAAUAAACAGAAGUUACUGUCAACGG